AUGAAAUAUCUCUGGGCAAUUUGCGCCUUAUUGCUACCUCCUGUCAUAGGUGAUGAUUUUUGGUGCGAUUUCGGACGUCCAGAAAAUUCGCUCAUCACCAAUGCCGUAGUUAUCUGCCAUGUGCAUUUGAACGAUGACAUUAACGCAAGUGUGGUAUGCCCACACGAAGUAAACGACACUGAUUAUGUUUGGCAUCCUAAGCCAAGUGACGACGAUCCCACUCAGCUCAACACAUACGUGAGUGAAAGCGAUAAUUUUCGUUCAUUUCCUAUUUCGGAGGUAAUCAAAUCGGAGGCCACGAAAUCGCUCAUAUUUGCGGUAUCUGCCUUGAGCGGAAAGACGUUGGAUAUCAUCCCAAUCGAUGAAUUAGUCGCCAUUACUGAGCACCGUUUGAUAUUCAUCUGUGGACCGCGAAAUUUGGUUUUGAGUGAUACAUUGCAACGUCUCCUGGGCCGCCUUAAAUAUACCCGCGGAAUCCAAAAAGUUCCUUGGACCGCAGAAACGCCAUUGAAUCAGGAGGUGAAGAAGAUAGGGCAAGGUCUGGGUGUAUUCUUCUUGUACAGAGGUCGUGAGUAUCAACCCUUCCAGGGUUGUGGCACCCGUGACUCACCAUUGUUUGCUGCGGGCAAUGAGGUGAUUGUAGACCCCGUAACCGGAACCCGUUCGUGCGUGGUAGAUCCUAUGUCAGAAUCUCGUAUAGGGUUUGUAUGCGACGACGUUGUUGUACCAAGCAAAUGCAUGAAAUUACUCAUAGAUAAAAAUGGCACAAUGGGAGAGGCUCCUCUGCCACAUUUGUACAGCCGCUUUAAGAGAAAGUCGCCUUGGGUGAUAGCGAAAUACUUCUCUGGUUUAGCCUUACCACCCAUCGAUGGCGAAUGCCGAUGUAUGCAUUACGUAGGACAAAAGGUGAAGGCCAAAUUGAUAAUACGUACGAAAAAAGAAUACGUUUGCGACAUUGCUAGCAUGAUCAUGCGUGACCAAUUCCGCCACAUCCGUGGACAUUGGUGUUCGGUGGUACUCCACCCAGGCAGCACGUUAACCAUAAGGUUUCCACCACGGUUUGUGAAUUCUGUAUCUGCCGACAAGGAUUCCGACGGAAGUGAUGAUGAAUAUGCUCCAAGGGUACCAUUUUCUACACUGCCAUAUGUCCGUGACUACGAAAGUGAAUUCCAGCCGGAAGACUUGAUUACGCUGAGGCAACAAACGAAUUAUUAUGACCUGGAAACGUAUGAAGAAGUUUCAUAUCACAGGGCUCUUGCUGGUGACGCCCUUGAGUUGGAUGUUUCCCAGAUGGAGAGAGGGGAGGUGACGCUGAAAUAUAACGCGGGCAAACCUCUCACCAUACGAAAUGGACACAAUUCCUUUUUUUAUCAUUGGACUAUGAUAUCUAGGAAUGCGAUGAAUCCGACUAAAAUACGCGCCAUUAUCAAUGUCUCCUUUGCUUUCACUCAUAAAUAUGAUAUUGCCGGUUGCGAUCGAUCUACUCCAGGUCUUUUUAACCCAGAGAAAAGCGCACCGCACUGCUCUUUCAGGACUGUGGGCAAUGGUAUAGGCAAAACGUACGAGUGUUCUUACAGUGAGUACUUUAAUGGUUCAUCGGUUGGUAUUAACUGCGGAUCAGACGACAUUCUGAUGCCAAGUAAUUGUGAUUCUACGAUGUACGAUCUCGAUUCCAAUAGUAUUGUGCCGCUUCCUCAAUAUUUUCGAAAAACAGCGGUUAGCCCCAUUCGAGGAUUCCAAGCGUUCCUAAUUAGUUUUACCGGAACGCGCCCUGUCAGUUAUGGUUGCGUCUGCGUAGACAAACAUGGAAAAGAAACUGCCAGGAUCGUCUUACAGUUCAAUGACAAAAAAGAACGUACGUACAAAGUAAGCCGCAAUAAUGAACCACUCACGUUGCAUCCGUACUUUACGCUGCCUUGGAGUGAAGUUGGACUAGUAAGUGAAGGAUUCACACCACCAGAACAUCUAGUCUUACACAACGUGUCACAAAAGUCAAUUAUCCUGGACAUUGGUACAUCAUUAUACAUGGGUUGUGAUCCCGAUGUGCAGGUUUUUGCGAAUUAUCGGCGGAUCCAAACGGCAUGGUUUCCUACGGAGCACCAUUUAUUCUAUUAUAGCGCAAAUGAGAUGCCAUAUGGAUACGAGUUGGUACGUAAGAAGUACAACGAAUCAUUUGCUACUACUCCAGGUGCCUUGAAAGUCGUAUACGAUGACAUGUACGACCGCAAUGGAAAUGAAAAAUUAACGGUGAAAACGAGCAAGGAGGGCAUUAUCAUAUCGAAGGAUAUAACGAACACGCAAUAUGUGCCUGUAAUAUUCGUGUGCGGUAAGAGGCCCGAAGCAUCGGAUUUGUCAGACAUCAUUGGCAAACCAUCCACCUCAAAAGCGCCCUCUGAGCCCAUCCAUCAUGCCAGCUGGACUUCAAUGGGAUACACCUGGAAUGUCAUUAAAAUUAAGGUCAAAACCACUGACCCGUACAUGCAAGGCUGCGGCGUUACCUACGAGUCCACUGAGUUGUUCAAGCCUGAGACACGCAAACUCUACGAUGCAAACGGACGAGAAGUAGGUUGCAAGAUAGACCUUCAGGCUUCCGGUGAGGCGGCUUUCUACUGCCCAGCACCAUACGUCCUGUACCCACCCGGUUGCUUCAACCAAGUGUUAGUGGACGGAAAAGUUAAGUACCUUAGCGACAUCAGCCAAUCUUUGGUAGCGUCUCGGACUAAUCACUUUGUCACGCUGGAGUUCGACGGUUCUCGUAUAGGGCGCGGGGAGACUCUGCGCAUGACACCGCCCUUAGAAUGCCAAUGCGUAACCAUCAAGGGUGUCGUCCUAUCCACCAUCCAGAUUAAGCACUACUACUCCAAAUAA